AUGAGUCAAAUUAAUAAUGUAAAUAGAGCAAUAUCACUUACAGAAUCAGUAAGAGAACAUUUAAAUCAAUUAAACGAACUUGUAACUUCAGAGUUUGGAUAUUUUUGUGAAAAUAAUAAUGUUGAAUAUUCUAUUGAUAAAAUGGAUAGCUUUUCUAAAACUCCGCUGAUGCCUUUUUUUUCCUCAUGGAGGAUGGAUGAUCUGUAUAAUUUUGAUUUAGGUAGUAUCCUGUCUAUAUUAAAGAGAAACAAUUUUUUUAUGUCAUGUUUUCUUUUUCUAUGCAUUUUUUCAUGUAUUUAUUUUAUAAGUUUUAUUCUUUAUUCUAAUUGUACAAGGAGAAUAAUUAAAUUAUUUACUAGCUGUUGCACUAGAAUUACAAAAAAAAAAAAAGAAGACGAAUAUGAUAAUGAUAAAAGUGAAAAUUCUAAAAAUGUACUAAAAAUAUUUAAAAAUAUUUUAAUAUAUUUUUUUUUGUGUGUUUUGCUAUGUGCUCUUAUUGCUAUGGGUUCCUUUUGUCUACAUUAUUUUUUUAAAACAAAAAAGGAUAUACAUAUGAACAUUUGUAAUGUUUCUAGAACAUUUGAAAACUUAAUAAAAGAUAAAUGUUCUAAUAGAACAAAUGAUAAUAUGUCUUGUUUUUCUGUUGAAAAUGUAAUAAAUGAUACUAUACUAAUUUUACAGAAAUAUAAAGAUAUAAAAAAACAAAUAGAAGAUAAUUCUCUUGUAGAUGUAAAUAAACCAAUUCCUGCCCUUAUAAAGUUUAAAAAUUCUUUUAACAAUUUAAAAAAAUUGAAAAAUAAUUUGUCUGUUAAUAAUAAUAUGCUUGAAAGAAGAUAUCUUCAUGUGUAUCCAGGUUUAAUAAGUCUAGAAAAAUCUCUUGAAUCUAUUAUAAAUGAAGGAAAUAAUAAUUUAAAAAAAACAGAAGGUACAACUGUGCAGAUAAAAAGAAAAAUAAAAACAACUUUUGAUAGAAUAGAUUAUUAUAUAGAACAAAACUUUAGGACGCAUUUUAGUUAUAUAACUAACAUAAUUCAAUCAACUAGUUAUAUAAUAAGUGAUUUUAACGAUAAGUAUAGUUCUAAAGAAAAUAUAAAUAAAUAUAGUAAUAUAGUUCCUUUUAUUUAUAUUAUUUUAUUAAUACCACCAUUAAUUAUUCUUAUAGGGUUAAUUUUAUAUAUAGUAUGUAUAUUAAAAGGAGAUUAUACAGGAAAUCAUAAUUCUUUUUAUAAAUUAUUUGGUUUAUUUAGUGCCUAUUUUGGUUUUUUAACUAUUAUAACAUUAAUAAUUACCACUUUCUUUUUGACAAUUUCGAUUUUAGGUGGAACAACUUGUGUUAUUACAGAAGAUUUACUACAAAAAAGGAUAAACUUUAAUUUUAAAAAUAUUACGAUAGUUGAUAAAUGUAUUAAAAAUGAAAAUGCAGCUAUAAUUGAUGAAAGCCAUGUAAAUUUAUUAAUUAGAAAAUUUAAUACGUUUAAUAUAAAUGAUACUGAAGAAAAAUUAAAAGAACAUGAGAAUUUUUUUAAUGAUAUAAAAAAAAAAUUUUAUGAAAAUGCAAAUAAAAUUUUUGAUUAUAUGUGGAUAAUUAUAAUGAAAAAAGAUGGUAAUAGAUAUUACAAUAAAAUAAAAAGUAAUGAAAUUAAGUCUCCUUUAAUAGCAAUAGGAAUUGUGAAAGAAAAUUUUAAUUUUGGUGGAAGAGAUUUUAUUGGUAUAGAUGAAUAUUUAAGAAUCUUAAAUCAACGUAUUUUUCCUAAUAACAAUAAUAAUAAGUUAUGUUUUGAAGAUAAUACAUGUGAAAACGACCAGAACAAAUAUAAUAUUACUGCAAAAUCUAGUAUAAAUGAUCAAAAAUAUAUUCAAUUUCGUGAUAAAAUAAAUGUGCUUAUUAAAGAAGAUAUAGAUGAACUUGUUCAGUUGUUUAUUCUUAAAGCUAAAAUUAGAAAUGAAAAAAUUUUUGAUGUAAGUGAUUUAGAUAGUACUAUAACAGAAAAGUUGAAUUGGAAAAAUUAUACACCAAAAACUACUGAAACAACUAGAAAUAAAUCUAUUAUAUAUAAUUAUAUAACAAGUAUAAUUGAAAGUAUAAAUUUUACUGAAAUUAAAAACUUUUGUAAUAAAAUUAAAAUUCAAUAUAGCUCAAUGACAGAAUUAAUUGUUCAGACAAUUCGAUCAAUAUCAAGAAAUUCUCGAUGUAAUAAAAUCAUAAAGGAAAUAAAUAAAAUGAAGUAUUUUUUUUGUAAUAAAUUUAUUAUAAAUUUAACUACCUUAUCUAUUUUUUCAUUUUCAUUUUCAGUUGUUUCUUUCUUCCUCUGGUUCGUUUUUCUUUUCUUGUGGUUACGCCACAAGUUAAGUGUUAUGUAA